CGGAACAAACAAACGAAACAUGAAAACGAAAAAGAGUUCCUUUUUCUGUGCGAGUACCUGUUAAUUCUUUUAUCUUUCUUCUAGAAUGCAUUUCUAAUAGACAAACUUGUGAUUAAAAAAUAUGUGAGAAUUUUUCCGAAUUUUUUUUUAUUUAUGUUGGUGUUUUGUGGAACGACGCUGACGGAUAUAUUUCCGAUACCGCUUGCUUUUGUUUAAAAAAAUUUAAUAUUUAUUUGCAAUUAAUCUUGCAUAUAUGGAUUCAUAAUAUGAAGAAUUUUAAAGUGGAUACAGGUGUAGGUUUUUUUUUAAUAGAAAAUGUGUAUAGUUAUUUUUACACCUACUUUUUAAACAUGAGAACUUACUGAACAAAGUAUUAAAAUGGAUAAUCAGCUUGUCCUUAGAUUUUUGCGUGCCGCAUUUAUAAUAUGCUUAUAUUUGUUGACAUUUGCGUCUUAUUUAACUCCUGUUCUUGUAACUAAAUACUGGAAAUCGCAAGCACAAUCAAUUACUUCACCUGAUCGAGCCAUUCAAAGCAAGCAAUAUGGUAAUCGCAUUAUUAGCUGGUUUAAUUGCACAGCUAUAGGAAUAUUCUUAUCCAUGUGUUUUCUAGGAAUCCUUCCUAAUGUUAAAGAUAUGUUUGCUACCAUAUUUCAAAAAGCUGAUGCAAAUAUACAAUUUCCUGUUGCAGAAUGUGUUAUUGUUUUUGGAUUUAUUAUUACUCUGUUAUUAGAACAAUCUAUUUUAGCAUGGCAAGAGAGAAAAGAAUCUCAUCUCCAAGAUGAUAUAGAACAAAAUCAAGGUCUUCUUGAAGAAUGCGAGAUGCAAGAUCUUUCUGAUGAGCCUUCAUAUUUACGAGAAGACCAUGAACAAAGUUUGGUUGAUGGAUUCCAAAGUAAAUCAUCACAUCUUUCAAACUGUGAUGAAGAAAAUAUUAAUGAUGAUAUCUCAAUUGAUACUCAUAUUGAUCAUGGUCAUGGCCACAAUCAUAUGUCAUUACUAGUCCAUAGAGGAAGUGGUUUUGCAUUUUUUAUCCUUCUUCUGGCUUGUGGACUACAUUCCAUAUUUGCAGGAAUAACUUUAGGUUUACAAACCAUUGCUACCAAAGCAGUCCAUUUGUUCAUUGCCAUAAUAAUACAUGAGAGUUUAAUGGCUAUUGCUUUGGGCAUUAACUCAACAAAACUUAGAUAUUCUUUUGGAGCCUACCUUAGGUUUGCAAUAGGGCUGUCUGCAAUUGUACCUUUUGGUGUUAUCAUAGGAAUCCUAGUUCAACAUGCACCUGGCAUUGCUGGUGAAAUAACAUCUGCAUUUCUACAGGGCUUAUCAGCUGGAAUAUUUCUUCAUCACAAGGUCACAUUUAGCUAGACCAAAUAUUUUCUUUCUGGAACUAAUUUUGCAUGUGAACAUUAUAAAAAUGGUAAGUUACAAAAUAUUUCUAGAUUUACUAGUUUUCUUUUUUCCAGAAGCAUUCAGUUAUUGUUUAAAUGCAUUCAUAUACAGAUUGGUCAUUUUUCAUUGAUUGAUGAAUUCAAAUUUUACUUGACUUCUGCCAUUAAAAUUUAAAAUGAGACUGAUGUGUAUGAAAAUGUCUGAUCUGAUUAGAUGAGUUUAUCUCAUAGAUUAUGGCUAGACAAAAGCUCAACUAAGAUGGAGUUUUGAUGAAGAAUCAAGAAAUUGCUUUCUACCUUUUUCUAGUCAUGGGAAGGUAAGGCCUGACUCCCAUUUAGAUUGCCCAUACAGUUACUGUUCUUUUCUUCCCUAUUAGCAAUCACAUGAUACCAUAUUAUUGGGCAAGGGAGUAAAACUAACUGUUAAGUGAUAAAAAAAAAAUCCCUAAGGGCUAAUGCCAUAAAGAGGUGAAACCAAUGGUUUUAGUGACCAAUAGUUAACCAAAAUAUAUGCAUAUAAAGAAAAUAAAAAGAAAGAAAUCUACUUCUCUUUGGGAGGAUUUAGAUGCUUAAUCAGUUAAGCAAUUGUAAAAAACAUUAAUUGGAACAAGCUUCAUUUUGGAUUUAUUAAAAUAUCAAUUUGUUUCAUUUUUUAAAAUAUAUUUAUUUUUAAUAUAAACAUUAGCUGAGGAUAUUCAAUAGACUUAAUAAAUUGCAUUUUACAUGAUAAAGCAACUUAAGUUAGCAUUGAUCGAUAAUCACAUAUGAGUUUUCUAUUCAAGAUGCUGCUGUUCCACUUGGAAUAUAUGUUACUUCUUAUACAGUCACAUUUUACUAUAAAAAUCCAUAUGAUCCAUUCAUCUACCAUAUUGAGUAAUUCAGAUUUAUAUUAAUUAUUUGUUUUAAACAAAGUAUCAAAUUACUAUUUUGUUAAAUAUGUAAAAUAUUGUAUAAGAUUUGGAAUUUAAAUUUGAACGAAUCAAUGAAUAAUGACUAUUUCUAUAGUCAGGAAAAAUGUUUAAAAAAUGCAAUUAUUUUAAAUUAGUCCUGGUCACAUGUUUAAAACACUUCAUCAUCUGGGUGAUAAUAGAUUCAGCCUAGAAGUAUCUCAGUUCCUAAAUUAGAAUCUUCAGUUACCGAAAAGAGAACAGUUAUAGUGAUCAUUCCAUAGAAACAAAAGCUAUAAAUAAAUGUUCAUAACUGUAAAAUUAAAAUCAGAAUGAAUUUUAAGCCUGGGUAAUCAAGAACAAAAUCCCAUAGAUACUUAUUAAUAUCUUCAAGCAUAUAACUGAAAAUGUUCAUGUGCCCAAUAUUAUGUAAAUAUUAGUAGUCCUGUUCAUUUGAUUAAUUAUUUAUGCAUUGAACAAACAUUUACUUAAAAUUUUUGACUGAGAGUUUAAUUUAAAAUUUUUUAUUUCUGUGUCUUAUUUUAUUCACUUGGAAUUUUCUUCAAUAUAGGAAGUUUACCGAUCAUAAAUUCAUAUUUAGAUAUAUAAAAAAAAAUUUCUGCAAAACAUUAAAAUGAUUUCAUUUCAAAUAUCAGAA